GUAUAGAGGAGCAACUAGUCGCAACACUCUGUGAAAAACAUUUAUAAUGAAAGGCGGUGUUAAGUGUAAGGGGUUCGAAGGGCGGAGUCGUCUAUGUAUGACCAAACUGCUGAUGUCCACUCUACACUACAACGGCUAACGAUUGUAUGUAAUUUGAUCUGUGCAAUCGGAGGGAGAUGGGCGGGGAAUGGAAUGUGUGGUUAGAGGAGGCAGUGAACAAGCUGGAGAAACUGAAGCGUUUGAGGUCGCUCAGGCCAUUGUUCACACGAUGCCAUGCCCAUUCUUUGCUUACAUCUCCAAAUUAUAGUACACACUUAAGCCAUGAAGAAUUCCAGACGUUUGAUAGUUUGGGGGCGUGGGAUCGAUCCGCUGUGGAGGUUGAGAUUUCAGAGCCUACUUUUCAGUAUUGGAUGUCUAACUUUUGCAGCACAGGCAAGGAGACAUGCGAUUUUGAUAACAUCUUGGACCACGUAUUGCAUGCACAACCACAAAAUUUUAGAAAGUUAUUGCUUUUCUCAGGAAAUGAUUAUUUAGGAUUGUCUGCUCAUCCUACUGUAAGAAGUGCUGCUGCUAAGGCUGCUCAAGAACAUGGGAUGGGUCCAAGGGGUUCUGCUCUAAUUUGUGGAUACACUUAUCAUCAUAGAUUACUCGAAUCAGCUUUAGCAGAAUUGAAGAAGAAAGAGGAUUCCUUAUUGUGCCCUACAGGGUUUGCUGCAAAUAUGGUAGUGAUGACAUCUCUUGGAAAUAUCAGUUCUCUUUUAUCUCUCAAUGGUAGACCAACAACUGAUGAAAGGGUUGCUAUUUUUUCUGAUGCUUUAAAUCAUGCAUCAAUUAUUGAUGGCAUUCGUCUUUCUGAGAGGCAACGGGAAGCAGAGUCUUUUGUGUAUAAGCAUUGUGAUAUGACCCAUCUUGAUCAGUUGUUGUCAUGCUGUAAACUUAAGAAGAAAGUUGUUGUCUCGGACAGUUUAUUUAGCAUGGAUGGAGAUUUUGCCCCUCUGGUUGAGCUUGUUGAGCUUCGUAAAAAGCACGGUUUUUUAUUGGUUAUUGAUGAUGCCCAUGGAACUCUUGUUUGUGGUAACGAUGGUGGAGGAGUCGCAGAGAAAUUCAAUGUAGAAAGAGAUAUUGAUAUUUGCAUUGGCACUUUGAGCAAGGCUGUAGGUUGCCAAGGUGGAUUUAUUGCUGCGAGCAAAAAAUGGAAACAGCUGAUUCAAUCAACAGGCCGAGCAUUCAUAUUUUCUACCUCCCUUCCUGUUCCAGCAGUUGCUGCUGCUCACGCUUCCCUUCGUGUGGCUCGCGAGGAGAAAUGGAGACAAAGAGCAGUGUGGCAGAGAGUAAAAGAGUUUUCUGUUGCAACAGGGUUGGACGUUUCUAGUCCAAUUAUUCCAUUGGUUAUAGGAGAUGAGGAGAAGGCACUUCAAGCUAGCAAGCAGUUGCUGGAAGCUGGGUUUCACGUUUCUGCAAUCAGGCCGCCGACUGUGCCUGCAAACUCGUGCAGGCUGCGAAUUACGUUGUCUGCUGCACAUACAGCAGCUGAUGUGAAGGCACUUGCAAUUGCUGUUGCACCAUGGAUCUCUUCAACCAAUUCCGCAUUAAAGUCGUAUGGGUUAUCAAUGCCUUAUUCCGGACGUGCACGUGACUCGAAGUUAUGUAAAGAUGAGGGUGGCGCUGUUGUAUCAAGCAAAGGAUCAAUAUCUCGCCAAUUACAUCUCUCGGGCAUCAAGUCAAAGUUGUGAGAUUGGCUAGUGUAUUUUUUAACUGGUGGGAGCAUCAUGGAUCUCUUCAACUACUUCUGUAUUAAAGUCAUGGUUUAUCGAUGUCUUCUUCAAGUCUGUUUGGAUAUGCUCGAGAUUUGAAGUCAUGUGAAGAUGAGAAUGGGGCUAUAGUAGGUCAACGAUCAAAAUCACACAUAAAUAUUCCAAGCAGCGACUCAAAGCUAUGAGGUUGGGUUGUCAAUUUUGUACCUGUUGGAGUUCUGUUCCAUGCUAGAAACUUAGUUUAUUGUUGGGCAACUUAUAAGCCGUCUUCAUGUGCACUCGAAAAUAUAUACUUUAUCAAGAUCACACCGUCAUUAUGUGCCCUGCCGUGUUGAUGUCAUAAUAUAUUUACAUGGUAUGCGAUUUGUGGUCA